AUGUUCCCUACUAUCCUCCGGGAUCCUGAUGCAGCCAAAAAGCUGUUUGAGACUAUCAUCGACUCUCCUAAUGGCCGCCGCUCCAUGUCACGCCUUGCGCGGACCUGUAGAGCUAUGUGUGAGCCGGCCCUGAAUGUACUAUGGAGGGAACUGGACUCCUUGCUUCCAAUUAUUUCGCUGUUUCCCAACACCCUGAUGAAGAGAGCCCGCCGCCCUGGACUCGGUUUGGCAAAGGCACCCAAUGCCGAGGACUGGAGCCGAGUGCUCGCUUAUGGUGAACGUGUACGCCGCAUUGCGUACAUCGAGUCCUCUUCCAGCGUCUCUCCAUCUAUCUUUGCAAUCAUCGCAGAGAACCGACCCGUGCAAUACAUCCUUCCUCACUUGCAGCAGCUCAUCUGGCGUGUGGACAGUGCUGCUGGUCUGCAACGCUGCACCAUUUUCCUGAACCCAGAGCUUCAAAGUCUGGUUUUGGAGGUCAGCACGAGGAUCCCACAACUUGCCACCUUCCUUGCGGAGGUAUGCAGCACUACUCAGCUGUCAUCCUUUUCCUUCACGUCACCCACAAGCCUUCCCGACACGUUCACUGAUAUUUUGAGGUCCCACAACACGUUAGAGAAGUUGGUUCUAGUUGCACCUGGCGCGCUCUCAUCGAGCGUUGGGCAAUGGGCUGCAUCUUUGCCUAUGUUGCGUGUUCUCGAGCUUGAUCUUACUGGCCGGUCUGUCAUCGCAGUCGAAGGCUUCUUCGACGACAUCGUCGCUUCGGGAGCUUCCACUCCCAGUGAUGCAUCGUCAGACAGCGGUGUCUUCUCUGGAGAUGAGAUAGACUUCACGGAAAUCCGCAAGUCAUCCUUGCGCUUGACCGGUGACCUGCGCUCGGGUGGCGUGUUUACAGAUCUCCGUCAACUAUCGUUGACUGGAGAGGUUGCAAACAUUGCAGUGUUCCUGAAGCAUUUGACGAGCAAUCUCACGCACCUGGAACUCGUUAUUGAGGACCCUCCAGAUAUGGCUGACUGGCAGGACCUCUCUGGUCUAAUCUGCGAGCGCUUCAGCAAAUCGCUCCUCUCGCUGCGUAUCAACGCAACAGGCUCAUCCCGUUUCAAUGAGCUUGUGAGAUCAACGUCUCGAGGCGGAGACCCACCUUGCCGUCACCUUCCCCUUCAGCAUUUCACCUCGCUCCCAUCUCUCCUUCGUCUAGAAAUAGACCUGCCAGAAUCAGUCCUCUUCCAUAACUCAGAUCUGCAGGCUGUAGCCCAGGCAUGUCCCAACAUCGAGACCCUCCGGCUUUGCCCUAUGGCACGUUUCCCCGCCGCGGCUGGACCCAGCCUUACGUUAGAAGGCGUUGCAGUUCUGACUCAGGGCUGCAAGCGACUACAGACACUUGCACUCGUGCUAGACGCCCACACGGAAUCCGAGGAGACGUUUAACUCCCUCAAUGCGUCCUCGCGGUCACUUCUCCGCUUACACGUGGGCCACUCCGUUGUCAAUGAUUCUCUUCAGACGACCAUUCUUCUCAGUCACCUUGCGCCCUAUUUGGAGACAAUAAAGUGGUUCCAUGAGAAGAACCGCCCCGGAUAUGUCGAGGCGAACGCAACAGGCUGGCAGAAGGUUUCGGACUGGCUGCCGCACAUGCAAGGCAUGCGCUUGAUGGAGAGGGCCAGGGUUGUGCAUCUUGCCACGCAGAAGCCCGAGACCCGGGAACAGAGUGUUGACGCUACUGUGACGCGCAUCACUGUGGACAAGUCUCUGCAGGCCAAGCCUCGUAUGGUUCAGCGCCAUGUCCAAGUGUCGCCCAAACUGGUUGACAGGUCAACUGAGGCUAAGCCAGAGUUGGUCUCGAUGUCCAUUGAUGCCACGCCGUCAAUCAUGGAUACAAGCGUCGAUGCUACUCCGGCGGUCUCACAUCAGUCCGUCUCCAUUCGGCCCAACAUGGUCUCCACCGAAGUCGAUGCAUCGGUUCACACGGAAACCAAAGCUAUCAGCGCCAUCCAGGCACUACCCUUUGAAGAGUCCAACUCAGUUAACAAAUAUCCCGACCCCUUAUAUGCCUUCCCUUCUGUCAUCCCUGCGGUCCUUGCUGGACUGAUUACCUUCGCAUGCCGUAUUCUUACAACUUAUCCUCUCACGAUCCCUAUGCAUAUGCUCGACAAAUCUCUCUCCAUCCUCCAUGCUCAACCAAAAGAAGGGAACGAUUCGUCCUCAGAAAAACACGAACUCAGGCCUUCUCCUGCGCACUCGGUUUCAUCAUCGACGUCGGAGCUCCUGGAUCAUGAUAUUCCUCCUGUUUGUCUAUGA